GGAGGAGCGGGAGCCGGGAGGGAGGAGAAGGAGGGGGCGAGCCGGGCUGCUUCUCGUGGCAGCCGGCCGGGAAGGUGCCAGCCCCGCGGGGGAGGUGUAGCCCGGGCCGGGAGGCUGCUCCGGCACCUCAGCCGGCCGUGCCCUGGCGGCUCCGGGGCGGGGGCGAGAUGGGAUCGCUGCGGGAGGAUGAGGAUGAGGAUGAGGAUGAGGAUGAGGAUGAGGAUGAGGAUGAGGAUGAGGAGAGUCGCUGUGAGCGGCACCGGCUGGGCUGGAGCCGGCGGUCGGUGUGAGUGCCGCUUUGGAAGUGACUCCCGCAGCUCGGCUCGCACCUGCGGGCGGGCGGCUCCGCUCCCGCGGCCGUGGGCGCGGCGGGGCCCCGGGGCUGAGCGCACCUGCCUGCAGCGCCUGCCGCCCGCAGGCUUCUCCUGCCGGCUCUCCCCGGCUCCUCAGCUCCUGCCGUAUUCUGAGGAGGUUCAUUAGGUUCACCCGCAGCUGCAGAUUUCCCUUCCAGCUUCUCUGGUUUCAUUCCCACUUCACAGAACCUAGUAAAAAAACCAACUUCCAGUCUUUCCUCAAGUGUUCUCUCCAUGUGGUUGGUACUGCUGCUUCCUGCUCCUGUUUUCAGCUGGAGAUGACCAAGCUGGCACCACUUCAGAGGUGGAAGAGAUGAACUGCAGUGGGUGCAGUUGGCUUGCAUUAAUUCCUGGAGCCCAGUUUAUGCAUUGCUCGAGAUUUUGGAUGGUCAGCUUCACUCACUCCCACAGUUUGGGAAUAAUUUGCUCAGAAGGUGUGUUAGGAGAAGAUCAACUCAAAAUGCACUUGUCCAGAAAGAUGCGAAGGAGCAGAAUUCCAAAUUUUCUUGUUUGUUGCAAGUUCACAGGCUGCCUGCUGUUUCCCGGGGAGAUCAUGAAACGACAGCGGCUUCCUAGCAGCAGUGAGGACUCUGACGACAAUGGCAGUCUGUCCACCUGGUCCCAGCAUUCCAGAUCUCAGCGUCGCAGGACUUCGUGUUCCAGAGAUGAAGACCGGAAACCUUCUGAGGUGUUCAGAACGGACCUGAUCACUGCCAUGAAGUUACAUGACUCCUUCCAGCUGAACCCUGAUGAAUACUAUGUGCUGGCAGAUCCCUGGAGGCAGGAGUGGGAAAAGGGAGUUCAGGUGCCAGUUAGCCCAGGGACCAUCCCAGAACCAGUAGCCAGGGUUGUGUGCGAGACAAAGGCCGUCACCUUCACGCGCCCCAGGAAGUUCAUCGUGUCGUCGGGCGCGGAGCCGCCGGAGCUGGGCUACGUGGACAUCCGCACGCUGGCCGACAGCGUGUGCCGCUACGACCUCAACGACGUGGACGUGGCCUGGCUGCAGCUCGCCAACGAGGAGUUCAAAGAAAUGGGGAUGCUGGAGCUGGACGAGUACACCAUGGAAAGGGUGAUGGAGGAGUUUGAGCAGCGCUGCUACGAUAACAUGAACCACGCCAUCGAGACGGAGGAAGGGCUGGGGAUCGAGUACGACGAGGACGUUGUGUGUGACGUCUGUCAGUCUCCAGAUGGAGAGGAUGGCAAUGAAAUGGUCUUCUGUGACAAAUGCAAUAUCUGUGUGCACCAGGCGUGCUACGGGAUCCUGAAGGUGCCCGAGGGCAGCUGGCUGUGCCGGACGUGCGCGCUGGGCGUGCAGCCCAAGUGCCUCCUGUGCCCCAAGAAGGGCGGCGCCAUGAAGCCCACCCGGAGCGGCACCAAGUGGGUGCACGUCAGCUGUGCUCUCUGGAUUCCAGAGGUGAGCAUCGGAAGUCCUGAGAAAAUGGAGCCCAUCACAAAAGUUUCCCACAUUCCCAGCAGCAGGUGGGCACUGGUGUGCAGCCUUUGUAAUGAAAAAGUUGGAGCCUCUAUACAGUGUUCAGUGAAAAACUGCAGGACAGCCUUUCACGUCACCUGCGCGUUCGACCGCGGCUUGGAGAUGAAGACCAUCCUGGCCGAGAACGACGAGGUGAAGUUCAAGUCCUACUGCCCCAAGCACAGCUCCACCAAGAAAGCCGAUGCUGAGGCUUUGAGUGAGAGCCCAGGUCAGGAGAACAGGAAUGGCAUUCAGGACACCUCUCUUCCUGCCCACAUGGACCCUUUCCACAGCAUGGAUCAAAACCAGGAGGAGGCCCACAGGGUCAGCCUCCGCAAGCAAAAGCUCCAGCAGCUGGAGGACGAGUUCUACACCUUCGUUGAGUCUUUGGAAGUGGCCAAAGUGCUGCGGCUGCCAGAGGAGCCGGUGGAAUUCCUUUACCAGUACUGGAAGCUGAAGAGGAAAUCCAACUUCAAUAAGCCUUUGAUUACCCCAAAGAAGGAUGAGGAGGACAAUCUGGCUAAACGGGAGCAGGAUGUUCUGUUCAGGAGGCUGCAGCUCUUCACGCACCUGCGGCAGGACCUGGAGCGGGUGCGGAACCUCACUUACAUGGUGACGCGGAGAGAAAAGAUCAAGAGAUCUGUUUGCAAAGUUCAGGAGCAGAUAUUUAACAGCUACACAAAGCAGCUGGAACAAGAAAGAGUUUCAGGUGUGCCUUCCUCGUUCUCGUCCAUGGAAAGCACGGUGUUGUUCAACAGCCCGUCCCUGGGCCCCAACGCCCCCAAGAUCGAGGACCUGAAGUGGCAUUCUGCCUUCUUCAGGAAGCAGAUGGGCACAUCUCUGGCCCACUCCCUGAAAAAACCGCACAAGAGAGACAGGGUAAGAGACAGGCCUGGCAACGACAGCAAACCCCUGCUGGGGCAGCCCAGCCCGAGGGAAGGGGCUCCAGGCAGCUUUUUGAAUUUUGACAAGACCUUCGCCGAGGCGCGGAUCGCACCGGCGCAGCAGAAGAACGGCGUCGUUAUCCCAGAGCACAGGAAAAGAAGAGACAAUCGCCUGCAGUGCGAGGCGGCCAAGGCAGAGCUGAAGGAAAAGACUUCUAAACACAACCACAAACUGCUGAGACCCACAGAACUCUCUCAGAGGCAACUGGAAAACAAAAGGGCUGUGAACCACUCGGGUGGUAGGUCAGCGCCCGGCACUCGGAGGGAUAUAGUGCCUAAAUGUAACGGGGGUCUCGUCAGAGCCAACUCCAAUCAGACUGUAGUUAAAGUGCCUACCACGCCCACCAGCCCAGGGAAAAACUGGGGCGGAUUCCGAAUUCCAAAGAAGGGGGAGAGGCAGCAGCAGGGGGAGAGCCUGGAGGAGGCCUGCCGCCAGAGCUCCGGCUACCCCUACCUGGGCGUGGGCAGAGUCCCGGCCAAGGAGCGGACGAGGAGCAAGUUAAAGGCCGACAGCGAGAACGACGGCUACGUCCCCGACGCCGAGAUGAGCGACUCGGAGAGCGAGGGGGCCGAGGAGAAGUGCAGGCAGCAGAGGCUCAGCCCCAGCAGCAGCAUCGGCAGGAGGACGGACAUUAUUCGGAGAAGCAUCCUGGCCACCUGACCGGACACGGGGACAGGGCCUUGGAGUCACUGCCUGCAAGCCAACUCCACCUGCCUCAGUGUGUGAGAGAGGAGCGUUCUUAGAGCUACAGACUGACAAACUGAAAGCCCGUUUUUUCUGAGUUGUAUAAAUAUGUUUACAUGCACUUAAAGCUGUUUUAAGCUCUUUGAUUUUGGUUUUUUUUCCUCUGCCCGAUCCACACCCCCUCACCCUCCCCAUUUCUGUGGGAGGUUUGAGUCUCCCUUAUUUGCAACUUUCCUGAGUAAGCUGAAAAGUACUUUGCUACUAAAACAGGAGUUGGGAUGCACACAACUCACAAAAAUCUUCUAAAAGGGGCUAGGGUGGGUAGGAGGAAUCAGGCUGCAUUCAUCCCUUCUAGCUAAAAGGCACUGAAAAUUUUACUCCCUUCCCCUGACUUCUGGAAAAGCACAAGCUCUUAAUUUAACUCGUGUGUAUUGAAUGGAAGAUGGUUGUUAGACCAUGCUGCACUGCACUGGUAAAUGCCAUUGCAAACGCUCUCUCUCCUCUCUUUGCAGAAUGUGUUCUGUUGUGUUCAGGUUGAGCACAGGUGGCAGCUCAAACCCCUCCGAUGCUCCAGAGUUUACAGGUAGAUGAUGACCAGGCACAGGCACGACGUUGCACUGGGGGAGGAGGAAGGGAGAGGGCAGGGCUUGAAAGAGGGGACUGACACAAAGGAUGUCCCCAAAGGGCUCAGUUCUGAGCAGGGGGCAGGUCUGGGGGUUCCAGCCCUCCAGGGAAUAACCUGUCACCUUUAGUCAGGCACUGCCUUCAGGAGUGUGAUGACAAUGGCAGACAGAAGUUUGCUAUGGCACUAGGCAGGAGGAUUUCCAAAGGCCACCACAGAUGCACUAAUGAUAUGUACUGGGAGAGUCAGGCUUAUGACACUAAAAGGUUGCUUUAAAUGGACACGAAUAUAUAUUUUUAAAUAGGAUAAAAUGCAAAGGCAAUACAUUGUGAUUAGCUCUUUACAGUCAAGCAAAGAAAAAACAAUUUUGUUCUAUUGUGGACUAGAUUUGAUGGAAAAGGGAACUCGUAUUCUGAUUGUGUACUUUUUUAAUAAUAAUUGCAAGUGGCAAUAAUGAGUAAGCUGUGAGCAAUAAUCUGACCAGGUUGUGAGGAUACUGUUUUGUACUGAGUAGGGCACACACAUCGCAGUGGAGCGUUAGGAGCCUGUAGAGUUUGGAAUUUUUCAUAGAUGUUGGAGAGGUGUGUACUGGUGAGGAAGUUUUAGCAGCAGCAGUGUGUUCACAGAGACAGGCAUAAGGAACCUGCUCCUCCCCUUUCCCACUCCCAGCCUGCUGUUAUAGCAUCCACUCACCUUGGAAUGUCUGACCCUUGCCUCCUGAGGAGGGAGCACUGGCAACACACAACUCCUCUGCCACAGGACUGAGGAUUCAAUCAGAAAAUAAAAAAGGCUUAACACCCUAUCUUGCUAUGCAAGUUAAUAUUAUCAAUUAAAUAUUUCACCAGAAUGCAUCCCUGUUUUAAAACUCAGAAGUCUUAACCUUUUGAGGAGGGGGAAUUUUAUGUGAGAUACUUUCAAAAUCCUGUUGCUGGUGCCAAGAAGUCAGAGUAGUUAGAUGACUUAGAGAGGUGAAAGUCAGGCAGGGCACUGGUGACUGAGGUUACACAGUCACUCCGGGGAUGUGUUCAAAGUAUAAAGAGCAGACAGACAAAAGGUAAAAGCCACUAAGUUCUACUCAACAUCCAGCUCCAUUCUCCAGACAGGCACUGGUAUUUUCCCCAAGAAAGAAGCUCAUGACUGCACAGGAAUUGUCAAGCCAUAGAUGGAAUACCCUAAAUUUGGAUUCUGAGGAAACCUUUAACCUCGCACCCCUUGGACAGAGGUACUUUGUUAAUUUGCACUAUUAUGAACACUAACAUUGUGCAGAGUGAACUUUGCCUUGGCUGCUUUGUCCCCUGGCACUGAGGGCAAAAAGCUCUGGGAGGUUUCCAGUGGAGCUGACCCCAAACCAAAAAGGCUGCGGUACGACCAGCUCUGGAGGUCAGCUCUGUCCCUGUGCUUAGCCCUCAGCAGGAGGUGGUGCAGGUACUGCAGUGACAAACCCACCCCUGUGUUUUACUGGAUUGCUGGAUUUGCUGGAUUUCUGUUUCCAAGCGUGACCUUUCCUUGUGCUGACUGACCAAGAGAUCUUUGAUAUGGUCUGUGUGUUCUGUCCAACUGUAGGCUAGCUGAACGUCUGUAGAGAUGCCUGGAAUGCCAUUUGUUAGGUUAUAAACUCACACAGAUCUAAAUGAAGGGUUCAUGUUGUGUACAAAUCUUGAUUGCAGAAGUUUGAGACAAUUGUGAUGACAUUUGUAAAACUUGUACAGGUUUUUCACUAUGUGCCUAGCAUUGGUGUCCAUUCAGCUGAAAUUAAUUAAAAAAAAGGUGCAUGAAGAGAAACAGAAAUAAAAAAGUAUAUGUAGAGAUGACUAUUUUAUAUUACAUGGCCCAAUCCUGUAUUUAUUUUCUCCCUUUUUUGAAGUAUUUCUAAAGACCUAGUUGAAACAGCUGUAUUUUUUGUUAAAAUAUUCUGUAGAAUUGUGCCUUUUGUCUGUAUGUGAAUAAAUGCUGUACAUUUUUGCA